AUGAUGACGUGCCGUCUGCUGUGCGCCCUGUUGGUGGUUGCCCUGUGCUGCUGCUGCCCGUCCGUGUGCGUUUCAGAUAAAUCUGCCGCUUCUUCCAAAGCGACCACAACACCGACAUCAACUGAUCCUGGAUCUAAUAGAAGCGGCCUCAGUCAAUCGAACUCUGCAACAGGGGGAGCAUCACUGGAGACCGGUCAUUCAGAUCUUUCAACAACGGGGUCCGUUGCAAAUCCGGGAAAUGGUGGCGGAGAAGGACCAGGAUCUACCAGUACGGCAGGUCU